GUACGUCACUUCGCGGAGUUCGCGGUCGCUCGCCGUCCGUGCCGCGCUUGACGUCAUCAAAAUAAACUCCGGGAAAUGUAUUCACAAUAAAAAUACGGUGAAAAUAAACGAGUCAGCGAAGUUAAUUGUCUAAAUAAAACGCUUUGAUUGUUUGUUGUGCACUGUGGAGUGAUGAAACCGGUUUUAGUGUGUUUCGAAACUGAGAAAAGUCUUUGAUCACGGUUUUACGACGUAUUAUUGUGAAGUUACGAGUGUAAUACUGUGUUGAUGUGUUUGUUGCUGGGUGCCCUGUAGUGCCCACGGUGUCCACGGUGUCCACGCGGCCAGCUGUGGGCCGCGCGACAAGUAAAUAAAUAGUGUAAAGAGUUCGAGUGUGCAUCUGAGAUGACCUACAUACAAUAGACGACACAAGAUGUAAGCAGUAAACAACGCCAUCUAUCGAGAUGAAGAUACAAAUACAAUUCAGCGCCAUCUAGUGUCAUGAAGAUACAAACGGUGGCAGGGAGGGCGGUGGUGUGCGAGGAGCCGCCCCGCUCCACCGCGUACUACUACGCGGACCUCGAGCGACUGAAACGCAACGAGCCCGCGCCCGCGCAGUCUCCGCCCACAGCGCUCAGUGAAUAUGUCGCAGCUUGUGAAGUAGCUGACGAUGGUGCCGUACGGGAAGUACCACCGCUCCGUGAUAGAGGGCGCCAGCAUAGUCUCCCUGAAUACUCCCGCAAAGAGGACACGUAUUCCACAGCGGGCACGUUUCCAAUGCCCGAGCCGAAGGAAAAAGAACCGUUAUUAGCGGAACUCGAAGUUGUGGGCAGAUUGCCGCUGUCGCAACUAGAUAGCGCUAGUGGCGUGCGCCGUAGUCGCAGCUGGUAUCUGUGCUGCCCCAACGUGCCUGAUGAGGAAAUCUCUCGCGAGUCAUCGUGGCGCUACUCCAGCUUGCGGCCGGUGACCGCGCCACCCGCGCCCAACAACUCUGCGCCGCAUACGCUCACUAUGACGGUGGCGGGACAAAGCUCGGGUCGCGAGGACGUGGCGUCGCUGCGCGCGGAACGUGACGCGCUAGCGCGAGCACUAGCGGCAGAGCGACAGCGCGCGGCGACGGCGGCCCGGGCGCACGACGCGCGACUUGCUGAGCUGCACGGCGUCAUCGCCGAGCUGGUGCGACGUCGCGCGCACGACAAACACGCGCGCGCCAUACCCGAGGAGGAUGUCUCAGACGAGUGCGAGUCGACGACACAGCCGGCGGGCGAGCUGGACAAUGACGCGGACCACUCGCGGACAGACCAAAACGACACAUCAUCAGCUCUAAGCCCAGAGCUGCCAACUCCUCAGGAGUCAAAAGUAGAGAACACGAUACCAGCCAACUUCGAGGAGCUCCCCACCGAUACAGAGACGAGCGCACACGAGAUCAAGGCGGAUUGUCCACGCGUGGAGGUGACGACGCCCUCCCUGGCGGAGCAGUGCGACACCAGCCUCAACCUCUCCGAGAGGGACUCCGACCUCUGUCUCAGCACAGCGCGAUGUUGUGACAACGUGGGCGAGUCCGACACUCUCGCGGGCGGGGCCAGCGGGGAGGGGGGCGGGGCCAGCGAGGGGGCGGGGGGCAGCUGCGAGCGAGAGAGAGGAUCUCCCGACUCACCUCGCCUGUACACUCCUUGCACCGGUCGGUGCGAGGCGCGCCAAGCUAAAAUGGCUUCCCGUGUGAAGCUACGGAAGACUGAGGAGUCAGACUCCAGCAGCCCACAGCAUGACGACUGGUGGAGUGCGGACAGACUGUCGGUCGAUGUAUGUGCACACGCUGACCUCAGGGAGGCAUUGCUCGCCGCGCAGGAACAGGAAGGCUGUCCGUGGGCGGGACGUUGCGCGCGACUUCGCGCGGAGCGGCGCGUCCUGCAGUGCGCGUUGGCGCGCGCCGCCGACACCGCGCACAGGUUGUACUGCGCGUGCGCCGUGGCGGAGUCGACGUCGGUGUCGCUAUGCGGCGCGCUGCGGGCCGCCGACCGCGCGCUGGAGACGUACGACGUCCUGCUCGCGCUCGCAGAGACCGCCGCCGCCACGCAGUCGCAGCAGCGCGCCGCGACGGAGCAAGUAGCGCUCCAGCUGCUGGCGCGGCUGGAGUCGGAGCCCGGGGCGGUGGGGCAGCCCCUGCUGUCGCCGGGCCCCUGGCUGCAGCAGCUGCAGGCGCCGGCGCCCGCCGCGCGCUGGGGGCCGCACUGCGAGGCCAGGCUCCGGGCUCACGCCGCCAGGCUCAAGGCGGACACGGUGUCCCUGCGCGCCACGCAGCCGGGCCCGAAGCUGUUCUCGUACCACGACGUGGACGACGCCGAGCUGGCCGCCGCGGGCCGCGGCUGCAGCGCCAGGGAGAUGGAGGACGCCGUCGCGCUGCACGACGCCUUGCAGGCGCUGCACGCGGGGCAUAAGACCUCCUCCUCCCGCCGCAGCCGGAGGUCGCGGCCGCGGCACUGGCUCGACGCGCAGGCCUCCGAGACGGACCUCUGAGGACGACAUAAGGAAUCGACUGUAGCACUGUGACUCUCGCCCUUAUUGCUAUACUACUAAGACUCGUUAUUCUUCAUCUACAUCAUCUCUAUGUAACGUGUAGUGCUCCGCUGUGUCCACAGAUGGCAGCACAGAUAAUGUACGGUCUCUCAUGCAGAGCUCGGAUGCUGCGAGGUGGACCAGGGGAUAUACAUUCUGUGUUUGUGUGUGGGAGAGCCAUGCUCCGGCGUGAUAUCACGGUCUCACAGACAACC